CAGGCACCGGCGUUCCGCUUUCUGCUUCGGAUCAUUUCCGACCGCGAUGCUAUUUUUGGCCCGCCCCACGUGCACUAUUUGCACGUGAUUAUUCCUUACAAUUCUCUUCUUGCUAAUACCCCUCCCAAGCACUCAGCAUAUGGUGCUGUUGGUUGAGAUUUACGGUCGGUCUUGAUGCUACAUGAUUUUGCUCAUGCUAUCUCAUAUCAUACGGUUUGUUCCUUUCGUCAUUUCAUCGUCUACGUUAGUAGGAAAAGUCUUUCCUUCGCCCAUACACAAGUUGGCAAUUCCCAGGUCCCGUACCUUGAUGCCGGAACAUUCUCAUGUCGUCUAUAUUUCCCCUUAUCGCUAUUUUACGUUUGGUUACGUCACCCUCCAUGUCUGCUUUGAAGCUGAGCUCGACCUGAGUGGUGUGGAAGGGUCAGGAGUGAUGAAGCUCUGGUAGCGGAUAUAAAAAUACACUCUUCUCACCAUUUCUCGCUCACCG